GAGGCGCGGCUGGCGGCGGGCCGCGCGCCGGCCGCCGCCGCCCGCGGCCAGCUGGUCAGCCUCUCCGAUGAGGACAAGCACCUGGGCAAGGUGGCGCCCGUCUGGGUGCCCGACGAGGACGCGGCCAGCUGCAUGGAGUGUGACCAGAAGUUCACGGUGAUCCGCCGGCGCCACCACUGCCGCGCCUGCGGCCGCGUCCUCUGCAGCGCCUGCUGCAGCGAGCGCGUCUGUCUCGAGUACAUGGAGUUUCGCGAGGGGCGCGUCUGCAUCCGCUGCAAGAGCACCAUCGAUAGGGUGCAGCAGGAGAGCCGCGUGGUGGCCGCCGCGCAGCCGGCCGCCCGCCACCAGCGCGCCCGGCCGCCCAACCCUAACAACCCGAUGGAGUACUGCUCGACCGUGCCGCCCGCCCAGCAGGCCACCGCCAACGCGCCGCCGCCCACCGUCAUGGUGCCGAGCGUGCUGAAGCGCACCGAAGCGGCGGCGAUUCUGAAGGACGCUAAGGGCUGCAAGGAGCUGGCGUGGAAGCCGGAGAGCGGCAAACUGCCGCCGCUCUACCAGUCCGGCUCGGCAGGCGCGUCUGUCAAGCAGUCGACCCCGGAGGAGACGAUCGUGUCCAUGAUUCGGGCCGAGCGCGAUCUGCCGUGGUCGUUCCUCAUCAACAAGAACCUGAUGGUGGUCGUCAAGGUGUUUAAAUUGGACUGCUGCGUGGGCCGCACCUGCUGGAUAUUCACCUCGCACGGCCUCUCGACGGUCGGCCAGGAGGAGGUGGUCGUCAUUCUCGAGAGUCUGCCCAACGAGGCCACACUGCCCAAGGACGUCUUCUUCUUCUACCACCACCUGUUCGCGGAGGCGGCCAAAGGCAACUUCGUGACGGAGCUGGGCCACACGCUGUUCUCGACCCCGUUCCUGGACUCGAAGGAGCACGGCGGCUUCCUCUACCUGCGGCCGACGUUCCAGUGCUUGCACAACGUGCCGUGUCCGCCGCAGCCGUUCCUCGUCGCCGUGCUGAUUCAGAAGUGGGAGGCGCCGUGGGCGAAGGUUUUCCCGCUGCGGCUGCUGCUGCGGCUGGGCGCCGAGUUCCGCUACUACCCGUGCCCGCUGGUGAGCGUGCGCCACCGCAAGCCCGUCUUCUUCGAGGUCGGCCACACCAUCAUCAACCUGCUGGCGGACUUCCGCAACUUCGCCUACGUCCUACCCACCGUGCACGGCAUGCAUAUCCACAUGGAGGAGCAGCAGACAUCCGUGCUGAUCCCUCGCAACAGGUUCAACCAGGUGCUGAAGGCCAUCAACAACAGCAACGACCACGUGCUGGCGUUGGGGGCGAGCUUCUCGCGCGAGGCGGACAGCCACCUGGUGUGCAUGCAGAACGAGGAUGGCCAGUACCAGACCCAGGCCAUCAACAUCCAGAACCGGCCACGUCGGGUGACUGGCGCCAGCUUCAUCGUCUUCAACGGCGCCCUGAAGUCGGCCUCCGGCGUGACGGCCAAGUCCUCCAUCGUCGAGGACGGCCUCAUGUUCCAGAUCAGCUCGGAGACCAUGCAGACGCUGCGGGGCAGCCUGCGCCAGAUGCAGGACUACAAGAUCGAGUGCGGCCCGCUGGGCAUGGCGCCCGACGAGGUCAUCAGCAUCAAAUGGGUGGAGGACGACCGCAGCCACAACCUCGGGGUGAGGAGCGUGAUCGACGACAAGGCGCUGGACGGCGUGCCGUCUAUCCGCGUCCACUCCGCCACCGACUACGUGGGCGAAACGAAGCUCAUCCGCUGGACCGAGGUCUACGUCAUCAAGGUGACGGAGUCGGUGUGCCGGUCGGGCAGCGAGCCGCCGGACUUCUCGCGGCUGGCCGAGGAGGUGGCGCGCGGCACGUGCGUCGCGCUCACGCCGCACCUGCCGCUGCUGGCCGAGUCGGAGCGGACGCGCAUCGGGCUGCGCGCCACCGUCGACCGCGACACGGUGGGCUACGAGGCGGGCAGCAACGGCGAGGCGCUGCCGCCGGCCUGCCUGAACCUGCUGGACUCGGAGCUGGUGCCGGUGCUGCACCGGUACGCGGCCGAGGUGCCCGACAGCCCCAUCUGCCUGGAGCUGCUGUUCCACGUGAUCGACCGCUGAGACGACGCGCGCGCCUGAGGCGGCCCGGGGUCGUGUGAUGAGGCUGUGACGCCUGCACUGUGGGCCG